CUCAUCAUUCAUUUAUUCACAAUUCAACCAAAAAUAUCUCCAACUUUUAUCUCUCUUUUAGUUUCCCAAAAACAAAAAGUUUACCUUUUUAGGUUUCUCUACAGUCUCCACGCGUUUCUUCUUCUCUCUGUACGCGUUUUUAUCAGUUUCCAUAUCUAAGGAGGAGGUGAAGAUCGAUGUCAAAUCUGUUAGCCAUCGUCGUCGGAUUCGUAAUCGUAAUUGGUUAUUUGGGUAUUUUGGUAAAUGGGUUGGGUGUGAAUUGGGGAACAAUGGCUACACAUAAGCUGCCUCCAAAGACAGUGGUUCAGAUGCUUAAGGACAAUAACAUCAACAAGGUUAAGCUUUUUGACGCAGACGAGACAACCAUGGGUGCACUCGCUGGCUCGGGUCUUGAAGUGAUGGUUGCUAUUCCCAAUGAUCAGCUUAAGGUUAUGACCAGUUAUGACCGAGCCAAAGAUUGGGUUCGUAAGAAUGUCACUCGUUAUAACUUCGAUGGUGGUGUCAAUAUCACGUUUGUAGCUGUUGGGAAUGAGCCAUUCCUCAAAUCAUACAAUGGAUCGUUCAUUAACCUCACAUUUCCUGCACUUGCGAACAUUCAAAACGCUCUAAAUGAAGCUGGACUAGGAAACUCAGUCAAAGCAACAGUCCCUUUAAACGCGGAUGUAUACGAUUCACCAGCAAGCAACCCUGUUCCAUCUGCAGGAAGAUUCCGUCCCGAUAUCAUUGGUCAAAUGACUCAAAUUGUUGACUUUCUUGGCAAGAACAAUGCUCCCAUCACAAUAAACAUCUACCCUUUCUUAAGUCUCUAUGGGAAUGAUGACUUCCCACUCAAUUACGCCUUUUUCGAUGGGGCUCAACCGAUAAAUGACAACGGUAUUGAUUACACAAAUGUUUUUGAUGCCAAUUUCGACACUUUGGUGUCGUCUUUGAAAGCUGUUGGUCAUGGCGAUAUGCCAAUAAUCGUUGGAGAAGUCGGUUGGCCAACCGAGGGUGACAAACACGCGAAUUCCGGCAAUGCUUACAGAUUCUACAACGGGCUUUUACCGAGGCUUGGAACAAACAAAGGCACUCCAUUGAGACCGACCUACAUUGAGGUAUACUUGUUCGGAUUACUCGAUGAGGAUGCGAAAAGUAUAGCACCGGGACCGUUUGAACGGCAUUGGGGAAUAUUUAAAUUCGACGGGCAACCAAAGUUUCCUAUAGAUCUGUCAGGUCAAGGGCAGAACAAGUUGUUGAUUGGUGCACAAAACGUGCCGUAUCUACCCAACAAGUGGUGUACGUUUAAUCCAGAAGCCAAAGAUUUGACAAAACUGGCGGCUAACAUAGAUUUCGCCUGCACUUUCUCGGAUUGCACAGCGCUUGGUUAUGGAUCUUCGUGCAAUACACUUGAUGCCAAUGGGAAUGCGUCGUAUGCGUUUAACAUGUAUUUUCAAGUGAAGAAUCAAGAUGAAAGUGCUUGUUUCUUCCAAGAACCGAAGGCGGCGACUGCUGAAGUGGUAAAGAUGGAUCUGUUUGAGGACGACGAUGAGUUCGAGGAAUUUGAAAUCAACGAAGAUUGGUUGGAGAAAGAAGAAGUCAAGGAAGUUAGCCAGCAGUGGGAAGAUGAUUGGGAUGAUGAUGAUGUCAAUGACGACUUCUCGCGUCAGUUAAGGAAGGAGCUUGAGAAUGGUAGUGAGAAGAAAUGAGGUGGAACAUUAUGAAAAGCAGGUUUUCACAUUCAGGAAAUCUUGGUUUUCUUGUAUGAUCUGGAACUUUGUUUGAAUUGCGUCCUUUGUAUUUUUUUGUUUUUGUUUUUCUUUGCACAUUUUACUCUUCCUUGGAUGCAAAUUUCUUGUCUUUGAAGAUGAUAAAUUUGAACUCUACCA